AUGUCAGUAGUCUUUGAGUCCCUUCUCGUCAAAUUUAAACCUAUCCUCGUUGAACAUGCCGAGUCCCCUCCGGCAUCUUUCUCCUCUGUGACCGACCACCUCAAGUCUAUCCCAGGUGUCGAGUCCGUCUACCUUGGUCGCCCUCUCGAGAAGCCUGACUACUGGUUCCUUGGUAUUCGCUGGGCCUCGCGUCCUGCUUAUGACGCUUUUGUCUCUGGUUCUGCGGCCACUGACUGGCAUGCUUCUCUGCGUGCUCUCGUGACGGGCCAUCCUAUCGUCAGUCCAACUGCGGAGUAUACAGGCCAUGCUGAAUCUGCUCUGCAUGCACCGAUUACUGAAUUCUGUACCUGCUGGGGCAUCGAUGAGACCUUCACAGAGGAUAACAUGAAGCCGUUCGCUGUGGCUUGUGAUGAGGGUAAGCUGGCUGGUCUUCAUGGUCUAGCUUACGGAGAGUUUGUCCAAGGUGAACAUGAAGACUCCUCGGUCAUCCCUGGUCGUGCAUCAAGGCUACUGAUGGGCUGGGAUACAAUCGACGACAACAUCUAUUACCUGCUUGCUCGGAACAAGAGCCUUGAGAUAUAUCAUGUUCCCCUCAAGAAGCUCUAG